CAAAACAAAAGCAGUUCAUGAAAGAUUCCAAUAAAAUCAGCCAAAUUGGAUCCAAAAAGCGCCUCUGAGGCCCUCUCGGGGGCCUCACAAAAGCCGAAAACACUAUUAGUUCACCCCUACAAAGAAACAAAAAAAACUUACCUUUUGGAAACACCAAAAGACUUCAAACGAAAAACGCCACUGUUGGAACUGCCCAAAGACUCGAAAAAGCCUAAACUAUUUAAAAACAAUGAGGAAAUUCAUGAGAAAAACAUUGAAAUGAAAACCACUUCGAUUCAAACUAGCGAAGACAGCUGUCAAAGUCAAAGUCGCAAAUGUCACCACUGUUGCUGUCAAAGUGAGGAGUCAAAGUGCGGUCAAAGUCCUGUCAAAGUGAUAUUCGCUCCAGCCAUGAUGCCCUCCAUUUUUGGUGGUGUGCCAGCGUUGCCCUAUGUCUUGAAGCAGCCUGUCAAAGUUGGGGAGAAGGUACCCAGUCCAGUCGUCCCGAUGGUGGUGUCCAGCUUGCCGGGAGCAUCUUCAACGGUCGCCAAGGAUUGCUGUCCUGUGCUAAAAGGGAACAAGGAAUCAGAACAUUACCACAUCUUUGUGGGCGACCUUAGUCCAGAGAUCGAAACGCAGAGUCUCCGGGACGCGUUUGCAGCUUUUGGAGAGAUAUCGGAUUGUCGAGUGGUGAGAGAUCCACAGACGCUGAAAUCAAAAGGAUAUGGAUUCGUCUCCUUCCUGAAAAAAUCCGAAGCGGAGUCAGCUAUCACGUCGAUGAACGGCCAAUGGCUAGGCUCCCGAUCUAUACGCACGAACUGGGCGACGAGGAAGCCGCCUGCGCCGAAAAAUGAACUGAACUCCAAACCGCUGACCUUCGAUGAGGUAUACAACCAGAGCUCUCCCACCAACUGCACGGUGUACUGCGGCGGGUUGACCACUGGCCUCACUGAGGAACUGAUGCAGAAGACCUUCCAGCCAUUCGGGACUAUCCAGGAGAUCAGAGUCUUCAAGGACAAGGGUUACGCUUUCAUCAGAUUCUCAACGAAAGAGAGUGCUACCCACGCGAUCGUGGCGGUCCACAACACGGACGUGAACGGGCAGCCCGUGAAGUGCUCCUGGGGGAAGGAGUCCGGGGACCCCAACAACGCACAGGCCCAGGGACAGCUCAGCGGUACAGCAUAUAGCCCGUUCGGCGCAGCGUACACAGCCGGCGGGGUCGCGCCCACGUCCUACUGGUACAACACGUACCCCCAACAGCUGGGGGGCUUCCUGCAGGGGGUGCAGGGGGUGCAGGGGUACUCGUACGCGGGGCAGUUCGCGGGCUACCAGCAGCAAUACAUGGGCAUGGGGGGGGUGCAGCUCCCGUGGGCGCUUGGGGGGGGCGUGGGCGGCGUGGGGUCGGUGGGGGGAGUGGCCGCCAUGUCCCAACCGCCGCAGGUCCUGCAUUACCCAGUACAGCACUUUCAAGUGCAACCGGCGCAGAUCGGUGAGGACGAGUGGCUCGCCCCGAGCCUGCUCGUGUGAGGACAGAGAGCCGCGCCCGGCCCGCCCUGCUGCUGUCUACACAAAGACUGGAUGUGAAUGUCUAUGCUGCAUUUUUUUUUUAAUUUAAAAAAAUAUAAUUUAAAUCGAGUUGUUUUUUUUUUUAAUAUUGAUUUAUUUUUGCAAAAGUAACUUUGUUGAUUUGCAAUAUGAACAUUCAGAUAUGUAUGUCAUAAUUUUGUGAAUGUAAAAAUAUUGUUUAAAUUUCGUUUUUAUUUUCUUUAACAGUUAUUUUUGUCAUAUUGACUUGAUUUUCACGGUUUUGUUGUUUUUUAACAACAUGUCACUUGUUUGUAUUUGAUAUUUUUGUCGUGUUUUCAAACCAAAAUUUGUACCAGCCAAGUCAGCGCAAAUAGUCCAAAUUAUUUAAUGCCAAAAUUUAUCUAGUCAUUACACAUAUAAACAGCGUAUUAUUUAAUUGAUUGCUUUAAUUGAAAGUAGAUUUGUUUUUUUUUUAAAUUAUAUCAUGUAAUCAUGGUAUGCACUAUUCGUCUUCUAUAUACAUAUGAUCUUUGAAUGUACCCAUUAAGUUUUCUUGCCUUCUGAUGUUAUGUGUAAUGUAUACCAUGGUUAUAUACUUGAAAUUAUAUUUUUUUUUUCCGUAUUUAAUUUGAAAAGCGGCGGCAAUCGUGUGCGGAAGGUGUUGAAAUAAUUAAAAAUUAAUGGCUGAAAGCCAAACGUACAUUUACCCUUGUAAUACGGGUGAAAUAUUUACUCUCGAGAAUCGUAAAUGUGAGUCAUUCUUAUCGAAAGAUUUAGUUUCUAUCGCUGCUUAUGAUUGCAUGGAAAUGCGUUUAAAUCUAAAAAUAAAAUUAAUUUUAGAAAAUAUAUUAGAUAUUUAAUAUAAGAUAUUUAAGUCAAUUUAGGUUAAGUUGAGUUUUAUCAAAUGACAACACGCGGGCCAAAAAUGGUUGCGAGUUUUUUUGACAGCUAAAUAUGCGGGUGGAUGACAAGACGAGUACCAAACAUCUCGAUAGCACAAGUAUAGACUAAGAUUAGUGGAAAAAAAGUAGAUUUUUGGAAACAUGUUUAGUAGAAAAUGUAGACGAAAAACUAGGCGAGGUUCACAUCAGUGAGUGAGACAUUUUUUAAGACAAUUUUAUAUCCGCAGCGAUUGUUAGGGACGUAAGGACGCGAAAAUAGUUUAAAUAAAAAAAAAAUAACGAAUAUUCAACAUGCUAAUAUGAGGUUUCUAGUCAUUUUUAGUCAUUCUUUAUCCUGGAUAAUACAAUGCCAAAUUCAGAACAGAAACUGUCGUAACAUGAUAACUAUAAUAACUACUGUUAUGAACAUGGUUGUGUCUAAAUAUAAUGGAUACACUUAAUGACUUUGAGAAAAAUACCGAAACGUAGUGAAAAAAAUAUUAGAUUUAUUUAUUGAAUAGUUAAAUAAGUGAAAAGAAAAAAUAUUUAUUGCAUAGAAUUUAAGUGCAUUUAACCGUUUACUGUAGUUAGAUAAUGAGAAUAUGUGAAUUUCUUUUCUUUUUAUUAUAAUUUCUCUCUCAUGAUGCGUCUAAAAUAUAUUUUGUCGUGAAUGGAGCGUUUCAGCCAGUUUUUUUUUUUUUUGUUUUUUUUUUCAAUCUACUAAAUUAACGAAACUGAAUUUUAUUUGUAUUUACGUGUGUCGAGAAUGGCUAGUGCUCUAUAAUAUAAAAAAAGGUAAAAAAAAAUGUAGUUUUUACUACUCAUUUUUGAAACUUUUUGAUGCGGCGACGCGGCAUCGCUCUGAUUCUAUAUAAUAUUUUAUAAAUCAUGUAUUUUAUACAUUAUAUUAAAAUAUGUAUUGUUUAUCUGUCUAUAGAAUAUGUUUGUUUCAAUUUAGCGAUAUAAUUUCAUGCAUGUAGUGGAAUAUUGAGAGACAUAUCGUAACUUAAAAUAAAAUAUUUAUAUAUUAAAAUUAAUAUAUUGAUUAAAUUAAUAUAUUCAUUUCUGGUAAGGAACGAAUUGUCGUGUCAAUUUUGUCAUGCAGUCAAUAUCGGAAAAUGGCGUGCGACGCGUUUUAAAUAAUCACUAUUACUUAUAUUUAUUACAGACGUUAAUUAAAAUAUUAGAAUUUUUUUUCUGAAACAUUGUUUAGCAGAAAUAUUUAUUGUAUGGAGAAAGAGAAUGAUGUCUGACAAUUUAUAUUUCAAAAAUAUAUUUGAAAUAUAAUAAAUACAGCACAACAUUUUUACUUUUAAAUAUUGUAUUUUUUUUUUAUCUAAGGUGAAUAUAUCAAUAAGAUAUAUAAUAUCUAAGAUAAAUGAACAGAAAUUGCACAAUAUUUUUUUUUUUAAUUUGAAUUAAGUAAUAAUGAUUAUUUUAAACGCGUAUAUCUGUUAUAUAUAUGAGGUCCAACCUCAACGAUGAUUAUCAUAAGGUUUGACAACAAGUUAGAUAGACAAAUUUAGUUAAUAGUCAACAUAUAACUCUAGUUUUAAUAUGAUUUACUUACGCCUAUAUUGCUUCACGUAGAAGUUAGUAAGCAUAACGUAUAACAUAUAUGUAUAUCCGAAUAGUUUUAAGCGUAAUUUUAACUAAGUAUACCUACCGAUAACACGCCGACCGCCUGAUUUCUGGUUGGGAUGUCUGCAACCCAUAACUCUGAAACUCGGUGGGUCGUUGCCUUUUUCUUGUUGCUAUUAUACUUCCUUCAAAUAUACAUAUAGGUAAAUGCUAAAUAUUGUAAGGUUAGAGAAACGGCUUCGCUGGCUCCACUAAUUUUAAGGUUAAUUAAGAUAUAUUGCAUAUAAUAACGAUCAUGAGAUGCGGAUAGUACCUAUAAUAAGGCAUCUAUGUGUUAGCUAGGUGAAAUUGGAAGAUAUAUAAAGUAUAUUAUAUUAUACAAGAUUAUUGUGCAAAAUACUUGUAACACUAUAUCGGUUAGAUAGGCUAUGGAAAUUUUAAGUGUUUUUCAUUUAAUUUAGACGUAUUUAUUUUAUUUAGUUUUCAUUUUGGUUUAGUCCAUUCCAUUGAAGUUAAGGUGUAAUUAUAUUAUAUAUUAUAUAAUUUUAAGUCCCAAAUAACACCAAAUAAUUGUAUAAUGCAUGACAUUAUGUAAAACUUAGAAAAUUGGCUACGAAUGGAACAAAUCCAUUAAAAAAAAAAAAAACUUAAAAUGCCUUAUAUCUGUCUUCUCUUUUUUUUUUUAAAUUAUUGUCAUAGUGUCUCAAGUGUGAAAAUUGUUACGUUCAUUGAAUUAUAAAAAAAUAUAUAUCCAACACGAAACAAUGUAAUUUAUCAAUUUUUAUGUUGAUAAAAAUCUAUUGGAAACAAAAACUGCAAUGGCGCGGUACGAUAUGGGACGGAAGUGUGUUGCUGAAAUCUUGAGAAAAUCCGCCAUUUUAUAUGACCAAUGAGCGCACGCAGUGGUAUUAGCAGAUAAAAUCACAUUUGCUAGUUAAUUACACGACUCUUGGUGAAGAUGGUCAUUAUAUAUAAUGCGCAAAAUAUCAACUUUACUUUUAAAUAUUGUAAGUUUUUUAUCUAAGAUGAAUAUAUCAAUAAGAUAUAUAAUAAUAAUGUUUCACUUUCAAAGUGUCUUAAGUUUUUUUUACAAAAUACCUACUAUGAUUAGAUCAAUAUUUUUUAAAUUUAAUUGAAAGGAAUUCUGCGAGAUUAAUAGGUGUCAUUUUUCGUAAAUGACUUUUAGCGAUAAUUUUUUUCACAAUGACAUUUUGCGAAGCUGACAAUCUGCGCCGAAGCUGCCGUUUAUAUUUAUCGAAGACUAGAAUAAUCAAGUGAAUCUUCAAUUGAAUGAAAAUAACAAUUUUGACACAUGACGUGCCAAAGAUUUUUGUUAUAUGUUACACUAGUUUCGACGUCCGUCUUUCCUUGCAAAUGAAACACCAAAACACAGACUUAGGUAUGUGAAUAACCUCUAAGGACUUCUAAAUCGGCCUUGAAUAUGUUUGAAUGGUAAAGUGAGAAUUUGAUAGAAAACUGUAAAUACGGUACAUCCACACCGAAAAGUUAACGUGAUGUUAACAUGAAUACCAUAUCAAGUUAGCCAAGGUUUAAUGGCCACAUUUAACAUAAAGGGCAUAUUGGUGCAUUCGAGAUUAAAACAUCAACAGCUUGUUAGCCUAUUUGUCUCCAGUGAAAUGUUUUUAAUAUUUUGAGAUUUCAGCGCGUCUCCGUGAGGUAACGGGCAAUCCAAGGACGGGCAACUGCCCGUCCAUGGAUAUAGUUACUUUGCACACAGGAAUGCCAUUACGAUUCAAAGGGGUUAUGCUGCCAGCUUCCAAGCGGCGACUUACUGGAAUCUCUUUAUUGUUUAUAAUAUAUAUUUUUUUGUAUUAUUAUAACAAUAUAAUAUUGUAAUAAGGCACAAGAAGAAGUUAUCAUAUAUAUUUUGUUAAGUCAAGUUAAGCGAGAGAUGACAUGUAUCAUGCGACCUGUGGAUAUCGAAUAUUAAGAACAUAUAUUACUGAAAGUGCAAUCUUGUAUAUAUGUCAAUAACAUAUUCAACAAAAACACACACUGUGGAUAACACACACACAGUUACCACUCCAGUUACCAGUUAGUUGAACUCAAAAUCAAAAUCAAAUCAUUUAUUCAGAAAUUAGGCCUUCACAGGCACUUUUUCACGUCAUAUUCUAAAUUAAAUGAUAUUUACCAAAGCUACUAGCAUUUCGGAACGACCACACCAAAUGCCGAAAGAAACUCAUUCUAGCAGUGUUGGUCCCUAUUUAGUGGCUAUUUAGGUGUUUUUAGUUGAUUUACAAAGUUAACAAGAUCACAGUUACCUGUUAAGUGGGGUAUUCUGUGGAAGUUUUUUCCACCGGGCCCAGAAAGCAAAAACAUUAUUCACACACGCAAAAAUAUGUAAUGAUAUGAUAUUUUUGUGUAGACGAGUUGUCAAAUGUUAACAUGUUGUUGAUUGUGUAGGGCAAAACAGAAUUCAGAGAUUUCAUACACAGAAUGUAAUAGCAUUGUUAUUAAAUCAAAAUCUACUCUGAGUCAGAUUAAUAUUAUACGAUGCUAGAAAAAGACAACGAAUGGUGUGGAAGAUUUGAUAAAUUAUAAACAUAUUCAAGGCAAAAAUAUAGGAAUAACUCGUAACUAUUAGUCUGUUUUUGUUUCAUCUAGUAGAUUUUUUUUUUAGAAAGAGCUAGACUUUGGAUGUUUUGUAGUAGUGUUCCAUGCUUAAAAAUGAUUGUUUUGUACACAAAAAAAAAUAUUUUUUGAAAUGUGUAAUGGGUGUUCCCAACUAAUCUGUUUUUCUCACAGAAUUCGGAAUAAUAUUAAUGUAAUAGAAGCGCCAUCUAUCGCCGCAUAGGACAUUGAAGCUCCAUAGCUCACACAGACAUUAAAUCGAAUGAAUUUCCGUUCGACUUAUAAUCGAAUGUACACUAUGACGGUCCCUAGCAUGUUUACGGCACAAAUUUAACCCUAGUCAAAUUUAUACCACGUCAAACAUCAUGCCCACUUGUGUGGCGUGUGCACCAUUAGUGUGGCGCAUGCGCGAUGGGAGGGGUCAAAAUAAGGAUAAAUAAAUAUAUAAAAAAAUUGACAAUUUAGGAAGUUGACAUAUUGAACAGUAGACGAUUCGGGUCCGAUUGACAUUAUGAGAUGUUGACAUUAUGAGUUGAUAUUUUCAUAUAAAAAAUGGAUGGCGCUACUAUUUGUUAUUAUUCUAAAUACUGUGCAUUUUGUGUUGGUCUUUUUAUAAAUGUAUUUGUAGUGGUUUGAUGUCUGACUCGUCUUGUGAAAGAUUAUUUGUUUUAUUAGCAAUAUCAUAAUUAUAUCUACUUAUAAAUAUUUGGAAUAUAAAUCGAUGGUAUACAUAAUAGUAGAUUUUUUUUAUUAGUAGUAGAUUUUUAUGAUCACAACAUUUGUAUUGUUUUUUUUUUUAAUUUAUAUUAUCUAUCAUUUUUAUAUUUUUAUUUAUGAUAUGCUAAGUUGUAUAUGUUCAAAUUGUGAACAGUUUUUACCGAAAAUGAAUGAUAUAAAAUGGAGAAUGUUUAGAAUAUAGAAAAAUUAUGUAUAACACCGAUUUGUAUGCCAAAAAUAUUUAAAGAUAAAAACACAGCAAUAAUAAUGCAAUAGAUGUGUGUAGAUCUUUUGUUUCGUGUACUGCUAG